CUUUUUCAUUACCUGCCAUUGGGGGCCUCGCUUUCCAAAACUAUAUUUAAAAUGGCUGUGUUCUCAAUCUCCAUUAAGUUUAAUCACACUCACAGUAUUGUCCUUAUGGCGAUAAUGGGGCAAAAUCCGAAGAUGUGUCGCAAGUCUAGGAAGCUAGCAUGGGGCACAGAACCAAGCACCAUAGAUCAAUUGAAAGAGACAUUUGAUUAUAAGUUCCUAGAACUACUGGUUCUCUGUGAGUCAAAAAGCGAUGUCUCAGAUAGGCUCAAGAAAACUAGAAGAACAAUUCAGAGUAAUGACCAGCAAUUUCUGGACGAACUGAAACCAUUUUUGAGGACUCCUGAUAAAUACAUAGCAAAACGUGUGAGGGAUGCCUUUUAUCCAAAUCUCAAGGAAGAACCCCCGAGAUCUAAAAGUGCACCUUUUCAAGCAUAUGAGCAGAGAAUACCUUUGUCAAUGAGAAAAACAGUUCAUCCAAGAGUCAAAAGUGCACCUCCACUUCCAGAAUCAGAAAGCUGGACCAUGGUAACACCGGUCCCACAUCUCAGUUGUCACUGUGGGCCUCAAAGGAGUUACACUCCAAUUAUUACCAAGGAAGAUCUAGACAUCAUGGAGAGGAAAAAAAUUGACCUUUAUUUCAAAAUACAUACUUCAGAAUUAAAAAGACAGAAGAAUCUACAGUCGAUGAUGAAUAAGUUUUUGUCAGAGUCUGAAAUAGCUUUGAAAGAACGGCUUCCUCCUAGACCCAAAUCAGAACCCUCGAUGCAAAGAGUCAGCACCAGAAAAAAAGUCUCCCAAGGCUCUGACAGAUUUGAAAGCCUGUCAACACCUCGUAAAAGGUUACCUUCCCAGUCUCCUUGUCACGCUGCAGCUUGUGAUGCGUAUGAACAGGGUAUAGCUUUGGAAAAAGGCCUGGGGAAACCUAGAGUGACUGUCUCUAAAUGGACCAGGAAGCUUCAAAGCAAGAAAACAGCAUACAAUGAUCCAUUGCCUCUUUCUGUCUGUUUUUGUUGAUCAAUGAGAUAUAUUUGUCUUGCCGGCCAACAAAGAGGAGUGGUCAGCUCUUUUCAGAUGUGCAUCUUCUGCUCUUGUGUUUCAGCUUGUUCAUUUACAAAAAAAGAUGUGUUGACAACCAACAUCUGAGUAAUUAGAAGCAUUGCUGUUUCAAGAGGAGUCAAAUGUGCCUCUUUUGUUAGGAACACUGGGGCAUGAAAGCAUAAGUCUGUUAUAAAGAGGACAAAAGAGUAGCCAUGGGAUAUGGCUCAAAGGAAAGCCUUUCUCAUUCUGCUGUCACUAGAUUGCUGGCUAUUUUUCUGGGCUCUUCAGGAUCAAAUCAGAAUUUUCAUUGCAUAGUACAGUCUUUAACCCAUUUAAAAUACUAUAUUACGCAGAUGCAUGAAUGCUUAUUUGCUUCUGAAGUGGCAACAUAGUUCAAUAGAGAGGUGAAGAGUUUUUUUUAAAAAACAUAGUGUUAUAUAUUUUAUACAGUUUGUUAGAAGUGUUAAUAUGUGUGUUUCUUGUUUCUUUGAAUUAUUUUUAAAUGCAAUGUUAAUAAGUUUUAUUUUUCCAUGUCUAUCCCUUCAAAAAUGCAUGUGAAAUGUAGAAGUAAAAUAAAAUGUUUUCUCAAAUAA